CAAGUAUCUCAGCCAUGUUUAAUGGCGGCUAUGGAUCUGGAAACAGCUUUAAUCUUCAAAACUAUGCACCAAUCGAUCCGAUGACCGGCAUACCCGGGUUCGGGCCAUCGCAGAAUGCACAGCAGCAGCAACAACAAGCAAGUGCCCCUGGAACUUCUUCGGGAGGUCCAUCACAGGCAGUCAGCGGAGCUUCUUCCGGUGCUUCAAUGAAAACAGAGCCUGUCGCCCGACAAGUGAGCACAGCACAGAUGAAGCGAGAUCUGGAACAAGCGGCAGUUUACGUGCCCACGCCGAUUCCGGAAGGCUCUACUCAACCACAGCAGCGGCAGCAGCAGCAGUCCCAGCCACAAGCACGGCAGAUGAGCACACAGCAGGCAGCCAACUUGCGAAAGAAUGCGGCGGCGGCAGGAACUCCACCGAAACAGGCGAUGCAAGGAGCUUCAAGGGAACAAGGAAAUGCACAUCAACCGACUGCAGGGCAGAUUCCUCAGAGCUCAAAUCAGCCAGCUCAGCAAACUCAUAAUGUUCCUAGAAUGCCUCAACCCCUUCAACAAGUACCUCAUCCGUCUCCAGUUCGUGGAUCCCAUCCAGCUGCUCAACAAGUUCAGAAUGCUCCGCAGAGGAUUCCUCAGCACGUACCGAUGCCUCAAGGAGUAGCUCCACAUCAAGUUAUUCAACAAGUUCGUGCACCCAAUAUAGGUGCCUCACAAAUGGUUCAACAAGCUCCUUCUCGUGGACAUACUGGAGCUGCUCCUGCUUCUCGAAUGGCUCAGCAGCCAGUACCAUUGCAUCAAGGAGUUGCUCCACAUCAAGCUGCUCCGCAAACGAUUCAACAAACUCCAGCUCGUGGACGCCCGGCAAAUGCUCAGCUAGCUCAAAAUGCUCAACAGAGGAAUCCACAGCAAGUACCAAUGCCUCAAGGAGUUGCUCCACAUCAUAUACCUCCACAGGCUCUUGGACCUCAUGGAGCUGCUCCACAAAUGACUCAACAAGCUCCAGCUCGUGGACCAUCAGGAGCUGCUCAACAUGCUCAAAAUGCUCACAGAAUGACUCAUCAGCAAGUACCACUUCAAGCUCCAGUUCAAGGACCACAUCGAGGAGCCCCACAAAUGGCUCAACAGCCUGGACCCCAUGGAGCUGCACAACAUCCUUCAUCUGGGACAGUUGCUCCAAUGCACAUCACGUCCUUGCCGGGAAACCAUCCUUUAAAUCGUACACAUCUUCUUUUCAACAGGCAAGUGGUGCCAGCAUUGGACAUUCGAAAUUUAAUCGCCCAGCACCGCCUAAUGGUUGACGAUUUUGUUAGAGCACAGAUUUGUUAUCGACUCCCGGAGAAUCAUCAAGACUAUUGGCCGCCCGGCGGGCAUCCAAUUCCGAUGCAACAACAGCAAAUGCGUCAAGGGGCUGGACUUCCGAAUAUGGCAAUGCCACCGCCGCCUCUGAUGAGACAUCCGGGGCCUCAUCAAAAUCCGAUACAUGCUAUGCAAUCAAUGCAAGUUCAACCUCCACUGUCACCAGAUCAAAUGAAUAUGCAAAUGUUCCAACAACGCGCGCUCAUGAUGCAGCAACAGGCUAUGCAAAUGCAAAUGCAGAAUCCACCACCUGUACAUCAACAGCCUCCACCUCAACAGCCUCCACAACAGCAACGUCAGAAACAGCAAAGAUCACAGCCGGCUCCAGCACGAGUUCCACCACAAGUUCCAUCACAGGUUCCAGUAACUGGAGGUGUCGCUGCCGAUGAACCACCGCCACCGUGCUCCUACAGUCCAGUUGCUCAAUCUUCGGAGUCAAAAAUUGAGCCAGUUGAUGUUAAGCCAAGAGUGGCUCCAGUGCCGCCGCAGGUUCCAGUGACUCCAACGAAGCCAGUAAUUACAAAUAAUAAGAAGAAGAGAAUAGAUGUUGUCACGCUGGAUGAAGAUGCACCUCGCCGUGUUCAAGUUAAGCAGGAGAUUCCAGAAGUUUCUUCAACGUCGGAUGCGACCAAGUCGGACGCAGCACCAACUGCUCGCGGAGCUGUGAGGAUCAAGCAAGAAGUGGAAAGUGAUGUGGCGCCGAAUACGAUUUUGAUUAGCGCGAAGAAAUUUGAACGCAUGAAAGCUGAAGCCGAAGAUAAAGAGGAUAUGAAAAAGAAGAUUGCUGCUCUACAGGAGGCUCUUUUCAAUAUCCAGGAAGAGAGAAGGGUGGAAAAGGAAAUUGCCGCCUUCGCCACUACGAAUCAGGCGGUCCCUCAGAAUCAACCAGCGUCGAGUGUUCAAAUAGCUCAAGUGAGCACAAGUGAAUCAGAUGCUCCAGGAACAUCAGAAGCUGCAGCGACUGAGACAAUGACUUCUCCGAAGACGAAGAAUAAUGUUAUCGUAGAGACAGAAGGUGAGCAGGAAGAAGAUGAGGAUGAAAUCCCAAUAAAGAAGUCGAAGAAGCGUCGUGCAAAAAUCGUAUCUAACGAUGAGGAGGAAGAGCCGGUGAGACAUCCGAAACGAAGAUCCGAUGAGAAGCGUGAGAAGCGUCACGUGUCGUACGCGGAAUCAGAUGAUGAUAUGCCAGUGGUGAAAAAGAAGAGAAGAAAUCAAUCACCAGAGGAUCCAGAGUACAGUGCUGCGAGCCCAUCGGAGGAUGAAGAUGAUGACAUCGGAAGCUUUGUGGUCAGUGAUAAUGAGGAUGAUGAUGCAGAUAGUUUUGUGGUUGGUGAUGAUGAACCGAUAGAGUAUGAGGAAGAAGAUGAGGAUGAUAUGAUAGAAAGAAGAAGUUCGAGAAAGAGGAGGUCCGACAGUAGAAGCAAGAAAAGCGCAACACCUACUGAUCGUAGAAGAUCCAGAGACACUCCGACAGGCAGCAGAAGCAUGAGAAGCACUUCACCGAAUGAUCGCCGAAAGUCUCGAGAGACUCCUCCCGGCAACAGAAGCAUGAGGAGGACUAGUCCUUCCGAUGGCAGAAAAUCCAGAGACACUCCAACCGCCAGUAGCAGUAUGAGCAGCUCUACGCUUUCCUAUUGUAAAAAAUCCAAAGAGACUCCGAUGUCCUAUGAAGAAAUUGAGCAGCAGAAAAAAGCGAAACGUCAGCGAAAUUGCAAGACACGCGAGGAGAAUCGUGAGAGAAAGCGGCUUGCGCAACUCGAAGAGCUCGAAUCUAGUGAGACGACGGGAGUCCGACGGACCCUCAGGAGUACUCAGGACAACUCGGAUCCACUGGACGCUUCGUUGGCUACGACUAUUGAAGAGUUCCGCAAGACAAAGGUGAGAAGAUGCGGUGGCGACAAUGUAUAAACUAAUCUUCAAUGUAUAUAUUCUCUAACUGCCUGAUAUGCUAUUUAAUUCGUACACACACUGUUCUCAAAAUAAUCAAGAUUAUAUAUAUUCAAUAAUACCGGUUUCUUGCGAAAAUGCCAUAGAAAAAUACCAAAGAAAUGAACAAAGAAUUCCCGACUGACGCCUAUCAAUUUGCAGAAAAAAGAUGCAAAAUCGAGUGAAAAUCGUGCAAAGGAGAAGCAGAAGCCGAUGAAUAAGCGACCGACAUCCUCAGCGUCGGUGGAUUCAAACGAUGAUGGGGUGCACAUUCCGGCGAAAAGAAUGGCUCACGCGAGUUCUGUACCAGGGCCUUCGAGAUCAAAACCACCGAUGAUCGGAGCUGUCAAGAAUCGUCCAAAUCACACUGAAAUGCUUGACAAAAGGAAUAAAGAGAGCGAGGAAAAGAGGCGAAAAGAUAGAGAUGAACUUGAACGGCUUCGGAACAAGAAACACACCACCGAAGAGGAAAAGAUAAAGAUGGCUCGGCUCCAAAACGCACUGAAAGUUGUUGGAAAAGCGGCAGGAUUGAAAGCAACUGUAAAGAAGGAGUUAACUGGAAGCCCUGCCAAAAAGCAAAAACCGGCACCGGCUGUGCCGAAAAUUUUGGAUUUCUCGGUUGGAAGAACGUUCACUGCUAUAAGACAAACUGCAAUUAAGCUCGUGUUUGACACUUUUCUCGAACGAGACUCACCAAAUGCGGCUCGUGAAGCACAAGAAUUUGAACUCUCGAUUGCUAAACAAUAUACUGAUGGACAAAAGUAUAGGAUCAACAUUGGCCACAAAGUUGCAGCUCUCAGAAAAGAGAAUACGUCUGGAAUUUUGGAAGUUAACAAGAAUGCUGUUUCCCAUGACAAAAUUCUCGCUGGAGGACCCAAGGAUAACUGUACUGUCGCAAGAGGCCGAAAAACUCACGUGGAUCACCGCCAACUCAGCAUUGAGAAGCUUCAUCCUUUGCUUCUUCAAUUCAAGUUGACCACCUCGGAACUUGAGACAAAUGCCUAUCCGAUGCGUCGAGACGGAUCUACCAAAGCGGUUUCGAUAGCCGAUACGGUGUACACGCAGAAUAAGAAGAUGUUCCUCGAUGAUUACGAUAUGUCUCGGAAUUGUAGUCGCUGUAAUAAGGAAUUCAAGUUGAGCCCCAAUGGAACUAUGAUUCGGAGCACUGGAAUCUGCCGAUAUCACAAUCGAGGCGUGGCCAUAAACGGGAAACGGGACACUUUCCGUAAACGUUACUCUUGCUGCAAUGAAGAGUUCAAUGUUGCAUUAGGAUGCAAGUUCAGUGAUGUUCACGUGACUGAUCAAUUAUUCAAAAAGGAACUCUCUACGUUUGUAUCAACUCCGGUACCUGUGCCGAAUGAUCAAAGAUCAACAAGAGUCUACGCUUUGGAUUGUGAAAUGGUAUAUACAAUUGCUGGUCCAGCGUUGGCUCGUCUCACAAUGGUCGACAUGCAAAGAAACCGAGUGCUCGACGUUUUUGUGAAACCACCAACUGAUGUUUUGGAUCCGAAUACCGAGUUUUCCGGUCUCACUAUGGAACAGAUCAACUCUGCGCCAGAUACUUUGAAGACUUGCCACCAGAAGCUGUUCAAGUACGUAAACGCGGACACAAUUCUCAUCGGACACUCAUUGGAAUCCGACUUGAAAGCAAUGAGAGUAGUUCACAAGAAUGUGAUCGACACGGCCAUUUUGUUCCGUUCUACGAGAGAUACGAAGGUCGCGUUGAAGGUUCUCUCGGCGAAAUUGCUCCAUAAGAACAUCCAAGGAGACAAUGAAGAUGCGAUUGGUCACGAUUCAAUGGAGGAUGCUCUGACAUGUGUUGAUCUGAUCUUCUAUGGAUUGAGAAAUCCUGAAUCUAUUGCAAUCCGUGAAGCUAAUACCAAUUGCUGAAUAUGUUUCAUUUAUUUAUUACUUUUUCUCACCAUUUUCAUUUCUUUUUUCUGCCCUACAUUCGGUCUCGAGGAAUACUCGUUUUUUUCUUUGUUAUUUUCUCUCUACCAAUAUUCUCAUUUCUCCCUCUCGCCCUCAUCACAAUCCUGUAACAUUUCUCGCUGAUUUGUGAGCUUUUUUUUUUGCUUCUUAUAAUUCCCUAAAUUCUUUGAAUUCUUAAUUACGUUAGCUUUAAAAUAUUAUAAAAUGAUCAAGGAAAUAUGAAUAUAAUUGUAGAAACUGUAUUUUUCUUUCUCCUUUUUUCCUGCUUCUCGUCCAUACCCCUCAUGAAUAAUUCCAGAAAUAAACAUUGGAAACUUCCAA